AUGGAGAAGAAGAACUGCUCGGUGGUGACUGAAUUCAUCUUGUUGGGGAUCCCCCACACAAAGGGGCUGGAGACUAUGCUUUUUGUCUUGUUCUUGCCCUUCUAUGCCUGCACCCUGCUGGGAAAUGUGUCCAUCCUCAUGGUUAUUCUUUCUUCAACUCGCCUUCACACACCUAUGUAUUUUUCUGUGUUUGACAUGAGUUUCUCUUCUGUGACCUGUCCUAAAAUGUUACUGUACCUCAUGGGACUGAGCCCGCUCAUUUCCUAUGAGAACUGUGUCUCCCAGCUCUUCUUCUUCCAUUUCCUUGGCAGCAUUGAAUGCUUCUUGUAUACUGUGAUGGCCUAUGACUGCUUCACUUCUAUCUGUUACCCUCUGCAGUACACAGUCAUCAUGAGGCCUAGAAUCUGUGGGGCUCUGGCUGUGGUCACAUGGCUGUUAGGGUGUAUCCAUUCCAGUAUCUUGACUUUGCUCACCUUCACUUUGCCAUACUGUGGUCCUAAUGAAGUGGAUCACUUCUUCUGUGAUAUUCCAGCACUCUUGCCGUUGGCCUGUGCUGAUAUAUCCUUAGCCCAGAGGGUGAGUUUCACCAAUGUUGGCCUGACGGAGACAGAAGAGGAAAACAGAGAAAUGGCAGCUGAGGAAGAGACCAGCCCUAUCAACACCUUGAUUUUAGCAAGCAGUACCAUCUCCAUCUUGCGUAUUCGUUCAGCUGAGGGCCAAUGCCGGGCCUUCUCCACUUGCAGUGCCCACCUCAUUGCCAUCCUUUGUGCCUAUGGGCCCAUCAUCACUGUCUACCUGCAGCCCACGCCUAAGCCCAUGCUGGGAACUGUGGUUCAAAUUCUGAUGAACCUGGUAGGACCAGUGCUGAACCCUUUAAUCUAUACUUUGAGGCAUAAGGAAGUUAAAACAGCCCUGAAAAUAAUUUUGCACAGGACAAACCACGUUCCUGAGAGUUAG